GGUGUGACAAUUUCUGGAGACCCAACUGGCUGAGAAAGAUGCGCUCAGCACCCUCAGGCGAGUGAGCAGAGGUACGACUCCCUAUUUCAGUUGUUCCCUGAGACGUAGAGAGAAGAAAAGGGGAUUCGGCUUCAGAGACUAGGAGGUGAUUUGGAUACGUGGAGGCAGUCGGAGUUUGAGUGGGUUCUGCUGAAGAAGAUGUUUUGGCUAGUGGGCUCCAGUACCCAGCUGUAGAAAGGCACCUUUCAGCACCCUGGACAGCGUGCGCAUUGCCUCCUCUCCUUGCUCUUAGAGCCUAAAGCGAGCUUGAGCUCUGCUCGCUCAGACUCAAACAGCUUGCAGCCAUAUCUCCUUCCUGGCCAUGGGGCCCAGGGUAAAUUCGUAGAGCAAUGGACUUGGCUGAAGCCCUCCUGGCGCUCCUUCUCGGCUCAGUCCUAAUCGUCUCGCUUCUGUCCAACCUGCUGGUGCUAUUAUGUUUCCUCUCCAGCUCCGAGCUCCGCCAGCAAGUGCCUGGACUCUUCCUGGUCAACCUGUCUCUGUGCAACCUUCUGCUGACCCUCCUGAACAUGCCCUUUACCCUUCUGGGUCUCCUGUGGCGCCAGCAGCCCGUGGGGGACUGCGCGUGCCAGGCGGCGGGCUUCUUGGAAACUUUGCUGGCGUCCAACGCCAUGCUGAGCAUGGCCGCGCUCAGCCUGGACAAGUGGGUGGCCGUGGUGUUCCCGCUGAGCUAUGCGAGCAAGGUGCGUGGCCGGGAUGCUGCGCUGCUGCUGGCCUACGCGUGGCUGCACUCGCUCGCCUUCCCGCUGGCCGCUCUCGCCUGUUCUUGGCUCGGCUACAGUGGUACCUACGCCUCCUGCACGCUGCACCUGCGGGCCGAGGCGGAGAGGAGGCGCUUUGCCGCCUUCACGGUGGCUUUCCACGCCGCCAGCUUCGCGCUCUCGCUCGUGGUCCUCUGCUUCACCUACCUGAAGGUGCUGCGCGUGGCCCGCUUCCACUGCCGGAGGAUAGACGUCAUCACCAUGCAGACCCUCGUUCUGCUAGUCGAUAUUCAUCCUAGUGUGAGACAGCGCUGCCUUAACGAGCAGAAGAGGCGGCGGCAGAGGGCCACUAAGAAGAUUAGCAUCUUUAUAGGCUCCUUCGUUCUCUGCUUCGCUCCUUACGUCAUUACCAGGCUGGUGGAACUCUUUCCAUUCAUUACAAUCAACAUCUACUGGGGAGUAAUAAGCAAGUGCCUCACCUACAGUAAGGCUGCCUUGGACCCUUUUGUGUAUUCACUGCUGCGUCAACAAUACAAGAAAGCUGUGAUCAACAUUGUCAACCGGCUGCUGAGACGAGAUCUAUACCCAUCAUCUGGCUACAAUAGCUCUCUGGACACAGAGAAUGAUUACUGCCUCCAUCGACCAAACUGAACUCUACUACUAAGGCUUGGGGACUGAGAAUGGGCAGGUUUUUAAGCACCCCAGCAGAUUUUCCACAAGCUCCCUAUAUGUUGGGUUGAAAGCUGUGAUGGGAUCCUGGGUCACCUCAGAGUCAGAGAGAAGAUCCCACUCUCUUUGGGGGCAGCAUUGGGCUCAGUAGCAGGACUUCAAUCAAACCCAAGAGAGGGGGAAGAGCAAAAAGGGGUGGAGUUAUUUUCCCAUUUUCCCUUGCUGCUAAACUGGAAUUUGGGGGGUUCUCACCAAGCUCUAAGGGGUCAGGACUGACUUUUCUUAUGUGCUGUAUUGAGGCAUCUUAGAGGAGCUAGAAAAGCAUUGGUUUUGGAGUCAGGAGACAUAAAGCAGAACCACUGCUCUGCUACGCUCUGAUACAUGUAGCCUGUGUGAGCUUGCGCUUCACUCCUUUGGGCUUCAACUUUUUCAUCUGUAAAUGGAGAGAAUUAGACUAGAUGAUUUCUGUGAUGCCUUCUAGCUCCAGAUCUUAUAAAGAAUUAAAGGAAGGCUGGGGCUUUGGGAAAGAAAGCCUGGGAGGAAGACAUGGAAAACCUUCAGAAUCCUUGUGUGUCCCUUCUCUAGGGCUGCCUCUGCCCUUUCAUCAUCUGAAGAAUUCCAAAGCAUUGUCAUACUUAAGAGGCCCCAUUAUGAAGCAGGAAAAGACUUGGAUUUGUAGUCAAAGUCUAGUUACAAAUCCCACCUCUGCUGCUUACCACCUAUGUGACCUUGGGCAACUCACUUUCCCUCUCUUUGUCUCAGUUUCCUCAUCUGUAAAAUGAGAGGGGUUGGACUUUAUGACCUCUAAGUUCCUUUUAGUUCUAUAUAUGUGAUUCAACUCAAUAUUCCUUCUUAUCUCCAUCCCACCCCCCACCCCCAAAGAGUUUGACUUGCUCUGUUGGUAAAUUAAUAAAUUUUAGAUUUGUCUAUUUACUUUUACUUUGAUAUCAUGCCAGUCCAACAAUUCCAUUUGAAAGGUUAGCCUAGAAUGGUCAAGGAAACCAGCAACUCUAUUGCUUAAAUCUUCGUCAUGUUUUACUUAUGGAUGGGAUGCAUUAAUGAAUGAUUCCAUUUAGGACAGGGGAAAGCUUUUCACUGCAUAUCAUGAGAGCUAAGAGUCUAGUGUGUGCAGUAAGACGAAAUGAUAAUAGGAGCAGCCAGGUGGUGCAGUGGAUAAAUCACCAUCUCUGGAUUCAGGAGGACCUGAGUUCAAAUCCGGCCUCAGACACUUGACACUUACUAGCUGUGUGACCCUGGGCAAGUCACUUAGCCAUCACUGCCCCACAAAAAAAAUUAAAAUUAAAUUAAAAGUGAUUAUUAACUAGAAUUUAGCUACUUUCCCCCAUGUCAUGAAUAGGGCAUUUUAAUUUUACUUAGGCAAGCUUUGCACUAAUGUCUCAGUGCCUGAUACUUGAAUUUCCACUAUCAACCCACUCCCUCCACAAUACCCCAUUUGCCAAAGUAUCAAUAGAUUGAGAGUCUGAUUUGUCUUCAAACUUCUAACAUACAAUAGGGGAAGAAGACUUGGAGUGCCAUGUUUGCAGAAUCAGAUAACAUUCAGGUGUUGAAAGAUUAUCUAUAGCUCAAUACAAAGAUUACUAGGCAAGUUUAAGAUGUUCUGGGGAUGCUUCCAUCUUCUCUCCUCUGUAAAUUACAUGUCUAAAACAAGGACUGGAAAAUCCAAGUCCGGAUUUUUGCUUAUUCCCAAAGACUUGGCUCUUCAAAAGAGCUCAAAGAUAAUGCCCAUCACUACAUACCAACUCAACUCUAUGAAAUUUGAGUUGCUAACAGAUGACUCCCUGCUGAUCACCUAAUUCACCAUCAUUUGAUUGAAUUUACCAUGAUUUGUUUUCAUAUCCACUUGCAUGUGUGGGUCCAUCUCCAAGUCAGUCAAAUAUCUGGUUGGUAGCAGUAUGAUGGUAUGGAUAAAGAAAUGCCCUAAGAGUCAGAAAAACUGGAUUCUGGGUCCAGCUCUGUUUCUGGUUAACUGUGUAACCUUGAGCAAGUCUCUUUACCCAAAUGAGCUUCAGUUUCCUGGUUUGUCAUAACAAAGGUGUUGAACUAGACUCUAAAAUUCAUCCUAGUUCUGACAUUUUGUGGCACAGGAUAACACUCAAUAAAUGACACUGAUUUUGAUUGUUAUUAUAAAUCCAAAAUAUGUAGAUUGUGUUCCUACUGGAUGUAAAAACAAAAAUCCCCCCUCAAAAAGCCCAAGCUUCAAACUAAAUGUAUGAAGCUAAAUGGACCACAUUUGCAAAAUGGAUUUUCACAAAAGAAAUUACAAGAACACAAGUUAGUGAAUAAAAUGUGACUGUUAGAGAAGACCUUUGAUAUAUAUUUUUUUUCAUUUUACAGAUAUGGAAACUGAGGUCAUUGAAAGGGAAGUGAUUCAUUCUAGGCCACUAGCAGAGUGAGGGUUCCUGCCCAGGUCUCAUCAUUCCAGUUUCAGUGUCUUUCUACCACAUAAUGAUGCCUCCUUCGUGAAUGAAACCAGAACUCAGUCUGGGGCUUAGAGUAGAAUUUAAUUUCCUCAGUGAUCCUUCCCCAACCCCUAAUGGUUAAAACUUCUCUAAAAAGCCCUCCUACUGUUUUAGCAUGUGAGUCAUGUAGGCCUCAAAGCAGUAAAAAUAAUUCUGCUUAUGUUAAAUUGGAAUGUGCUUUCCUGUUUUGUUCCUCCAGUAAGGUGUUUGUCCCUUGUACAUCUGUGUAAAUACAAUAUUUGGGGGGGGAAGGGAUUUGUGAAAAAAAGAUGUUGCCUAUUUGUCACAGAUUUCCCACCUAUUCCACUGAUACCUUAGGAGAAAAGUUUCCCGAGGAAGUCUGUCACCCCUGUGAAACAGUCAGGAAUCUUUCCUUGUGGAGGAAUCCAAAAGAUUUGUAUUUGUUUCAGGUGAAAUUGUUUUUGGUUUUUUAACAAUAAGAACUUUGUUAUAGACUAGAUUUUCUCAUGGUCACUGGAUGUCCAACUGAGUGGACAGAAUGCUUGUGCUGAAUGUACUGUCUCUUUAGCCUUUCUUGGCCUUGAUUUUGUGCUUUUAGUACUGUGGAUAACAAGGCAAAUACUUUACAUGUCCUUCUGUGUAUCAUGAAGCUGUGUGGUUUCCCAAGUGAUUUCUAAGACAAUAAAAGUUUCA